ACCCUUCUUUGCCUCCAGCAGGAGAACUACUUCUUUGCUUUCGGGUUCUUGCUUGUCGGUCUUGUGCUUGAGGUCGAUUCCGAGAAGGAAAGGAAUAACAUUUUAUUACUCCAUAUAAUCGAGAGGACGUGCCCAGGAUUGACGAUGGUUUCCAGAGCGUCUUGUUUUCUUGUGGUUUUUGGACUCCUGGCCGGAUCGUCAAGGGCAGCUUACCUAGGAUCUCCAAACCAGGGAGCCAAUGGCCUCUUACCUGGGAGCCCAGGAGGAGCAGCUGGAGGAGGAUUUAACAACAAUGGCGGAAUAAAUGGAGGAGGAAGAGGAGGAUUCCAGAACAACGGAGGAGCCCCAGGAGGUUACGGAGGUAAUGGAGGUGGAGAUCCCAUUGCCAACUUAGCUGACGUUGUCCCAGGGGGCGGCGUCCCCGGUCAAGAUUAUCCCAUUUUGGCCUCCGUCCCUAACACGGGCUUCAGCUGCCAAGGGCAGAUUCCUGGGUACUACGCUGACACUGACCAGCAGGCUCGCUGCCAGGUGUUUCACAUCUGCCAACAAGACGACAGACACGAUUCCUUCCUCUGCCCCAACGGCACGAUCUUCAACCAGCAAUACUUCGUCUGCGACUGGUGGUUCAACUUCGACUGUUCCACUGCCCAGCAGUUCUACGGCCUGAACGCCGAGAUCGGCAAAGUUACAGGCAACGGGAACAAUGGUUACAGUGGCGGUGCCAAUGGAAACGGCUUUGGUAUCAGGGACAACGGAAUUGGUUCCUCUUCCGGAGUGCAGGGUCCUUACGGAGGGGCUCCAGGAACCGGAAUCAUCAAUGGAGGAGCUCCAUCCGGUUCUCACGGGGCAGGAGCUCCCGGUACCGGCAGCAAUGGCGGCGGUCACUUUGUGGGCGGGAACGGCAACUUCGGAGGCAACGGAAUUGGAGGCGUUCCCCAGCCGCCCUCAGGUCUAUACCAAUCGCCCAACUGAGCCCUGACUGUUAUCAUUAGUUGAAGUGAUUUAUGGUUGUUGAUUUCUUUUAAAAACUUUUAUACCACGUUAUUCCAUUUUCGAUUCUGUUACCCUCAAUUUGGUGCCAUAACAGAUCUUUUGUACUGCUCUAUGCGUAAGUGUAAUGCAAGAUCUUGAAUAAAUAUA